AUGCGUCUACUCCACCCACGCGUCGCACCGUCCGCGCACCGAGUCCGGAGCCGCCCGCCACCGCAGCACGUCACGUGGCUGACGUUUGCCGGUGUCGCGUACGUCGUCGUUGCCGUCGUAACGGGCAUCUACUACCUUCUGCUGCUGCGUCCAAGCUUCUCCAACGACUUGUGGUGGUCCGGCUACAACAUUAGCGGCUACGAAGCGCUCCUUGUGGACUUGGUCAACAACGAGCUCACGACACGGCAGUUUUCAGGCGCCGUCGACUUGCUCGCACCGCGGAUGGCCAUGCGCAAGCUGUACACAGCGCCGACGUCGCUCUCGCUCAUCGCACCGACGUACGCCCGCCGACUGCUCUACAUUGAGCUCACGUCGCCGGACUAUGCCAUCCCCAACCUGCGCGCCACGAAAGCACAAAAGCUGGUGUGGCUCUCGACACAGCUCUGCUACGUCGACUUUGAACGACGACUGGAGCUUGCACACACGGCCGCGCGGCAACGGCGGUGCGCGUCCCGGUACGCUGCUAAUGGUGCCGUGUACAUGGAGGCGACCCUGCGCAACACCAACUUUGACGAGUACCUCGCUGUCUACGGCGGCCCCGGGGGCUGGUUUAGCGUCGGUGUCGAAACGGCGCUGGAGGCGUCGGCGUACGGUCGUCAGUGGUUGCGCAAGACGUCGAGUGCGCGCAACGAAACAUCGGUGGCCGAUGAGCUCGCGCACUGGUACAGUCGCAACAUCACGUCGUUCCAGAUGCAGUGGACCAACGACCGCGAUCCGUCGAUUUCGGAGACGAUCACACUGACAAACGCGCUCGGGGUGGCGCUCUCGGUUGACAUCAAGAACGUGCCUUCGAAUAUUGGACCAUGGACGUCCAUUAUGUUUUGUGGAUAUCCCGCCAACGACCUCUACUUUGCCCGGCUCUACAAUGCUAGUCUCGUGCGGAGCGAGCCCAACUUCCUUGGCGACAGCAGGAGCUUCGAGUCGCUCCUCGGGAUGCAGACAGUCGCCGGUGUCUUUGUCAAUCAGUCGGCGCUGGUGCGAGCGGCCGUCGGUCCUUUCAACGGCAUUGAUGCCUACUAUGUCCCCGUGCCCGACUCCUUCCAGCGGUUCUACGCGUCGGUAUCGGAAGUGCUGUUUCGGAGUGUCCUCGGCACGGAUGCUUUCUCGAAACCGAUCGUGACACUGCUACCGUUGGUCAUUGCUCCUGCGCCGGCGUCGUGGGCGACUGGCAACUACUUGUUUGCUGGUGGGAAUCCGCUUUGUCUCUCGAAAGCACCGACGGUGUUCGUGCAGUCGCUCCUCGACUACGACGAUGCAUGCACGGGUGUCACACCCUUCCGACUGUCGUUGCUGCCGAUGACAGUGCUUCUGAGCCGCUUACUCCUUCUUUCACCGACGCCUGGGGACAUCUGCGCCCUCGACACCUUGCCGUCGUCGCCAACGUGUCUCCAAUACCUGGCGACGGCCGAUCGCAUCAUUGCUGGAUCCGAGCUGCGCUUGAUCCAAGGGACUUCGGUGCUGAACGAUCUCGCCAAGCUCGAUGUUCGCAUGACGCAGUUUGCGACGGACGCCGCCACGCAGUCGCAGUGGACGCUCUUGUCCCAGCCGCUUGUCGACGCGACGCCCUUUGCGUUCUUCGGUGCUGCGAUGCUUCUCGAGUGGCUCAUGGGCACUCGCGAAGUCGUUGCGCUGCAGGGCGAUGUCGGCGACCUGGUUUUGAUCUCGAGUGCCUACGCCAGCACGCCGUACGCGACGAGCGGCGGUAGUCACUACAUCAAGAAUGCCACCGAGAUCGUCUAUUACAUCACAGUCUACACCACGUUUGUGCUCUGCUUCGUUGCGUGUCUCUGUCUCUGGCUCGGUCUCCGCGACAACUGCGCCGGCCUCGGCGUCAACCUCUUUGCCUUCAGCCGCGUUGUUGGCUCGACAUGGGUCGGUCGGUCCCUCGUCUUCCUUCGAGGCACGACUGCGCUCCUCUUACUGAGCACGGCCAACGUCGAGCUCGUGCGCCUCGGCGCUGCGUGGACGCGGCUGCAGCUCAAUACGCGGUCGCCGGUCGAAAUCGCCGUGCUUGCGAGCGAGGCGACGUGGGUAACGUACGCCAUCACCGAACUCCUCGUGCUUGUGGUGCCCAGUGUCACUGCCGUGUACGCACCGUAUAGCGCACUCGCCGUCUGGCUCAGUUAUGUGAUUCUGGAAGCUGCCGACCCCGUUCUGCUCGAGGCCACCAUGAGCAAGCAGUGUGCCGCCAUCAACAUGGCCAUGAACCUUCACUGCGAAAGCAUGAGUAUCAGUAUUGGCUGCACGAGCCGUGCCGAAGCGCUUGGUUUGAUCGCGCUCGGUAGCGUCGGCAUCGGUGUUGCCACCGCCACGAUCCUUUGCCGGCAUUGCCAGAGCGUCCCCGACAACUGCCCGGUCGUCGUCUCGGGCGUCGCGACGAGCUUCAUCUCGUGGCAACGGUUUUCAAAGUCGACGCCGGUCGACCGCGUGACGUGUGCCAUGUGCGGACUCAUUCCAGUGCGCCUCGGGCGGUGGCGCUUCACGUUCGACCUGAAUCUAUGGGUUGUCUCGGACGACUCGGUUGUCGGCAGUGAGCGACUCAAGCGCAACUCCCAUCAACUUCUCGAGGCCAUUAUGAGUCUGCGUCGGCUCUCGACGGGGCAGAUCCCACCGCUCUCGGACGCGUACGUUCCUGUGACAUGGUAUCACCGGUGGUCCCGUCGACUACUCCAAACCACAAGCGUUCUCUUCUUGGGCGUAUCGACGUUCAGCUCCAUCACGUACCUCGAGGUGUCGCAGGUGACGCUCGCCAACGACUUGGCAUGGGCCACGUUCAAUAGCACAGGCAUCCACGCGUACAUUGCGACAUAUCUCAACCAUGCGCUGCUUCUCAACAACGUAUCAUCGCCUCUGGACUUGACCUUGCAGAGCCUUCCCGGGCUCUUCAGCGCGCCCACGUACACGCUGACGAUCCCGGGCAACGUCGGCGCGCGCUACGAACUUCAGUACGCGACGAGCUUGGUCCAGACGAUCAAAGGUCUCCGCGGAUCGUCGGCCAGUGACGCAGCGUGGAUCGCAACGUCCUACUGCUUUGUGGACCUGAAUCGCACGUGGUCGCUGGCGCACACGUCCACGCGGGCGACGCGCUGCGCGUCGAUGGUCAGCAACGGCGCCGUCUUUCUUGAGACGGUGCUGCGCAACGUCGAUGGCGACGCGUGGACGGCAGCCUAUGGUGACGCUUUUGAAAUUGGGAUAUCGCGGGCGCUGCGGGCGUCGGCGUCGGGGCAGAAAUGGCUCCAGACGACCAUGUCGCCCAUCGCGCUGCCCGUCCUCGACGAAGCCGCGUACUGGCUUGCGCACGGCGUCACUGCGUUCAAGAUGCAGUGGCAAAACUACAAGACCGUCGGCGUCCUCAACUCGUACACGAUCGAGAACGCUUACGGGUUCUCCUACCCGUUUACGCUCACGGCGCUCAAUGGCUCGUACCGGUUCGCGAGCCAAACGUCCUUCAAAAUGUACUGGGGCUUUGGGAACGACCUGCGCUGGGUCACUGCCAACGCCACGGACCACCCGCCCGGUGUCUUUGGCUCGAGUCUCAUCGUCAACAGCGCCGACUAUGCAUUUGCCAACGCGUCGUUCGAGUCGGUGCUUCUCCGCAACGGCUCGCUGCCGUCACCGCUAGGUCCUGGGUUUGCCGCGGUGCGCUCGACGCUCGGCCCCUUUGGCUCCAUCGACAUGCACUACAUUCCCGUGCCUCAGGCGCUCAUGACAGCAGUCGCCGCGGUUGAAACGAGCGUCCGAACGGCACUCCGGACAGAUGCAAGUGCUGCGGCUGCGUACACGGGCUUGGACAUCCAGUACAAUGCAAUGGCGGCCCCGCCUGUGUGGGCCCGCAGCUCGUUCGUGACGUUUGGCGGGUCCCCGCUCUGCGACGCGCUGCCGCCGAGCGCUGCGAGUCCCACUAGAUUCUCGGGCAUGAACACGCUCUUUGCGUUCGACUACGGCUGCUACGCAACGUCUUAUGCAACACCGCUGCUCCUCAACACCGAUCCCGUGCUCUUUGCUGUCGCCAUGGCCUCCAUGUCGCCAGACUUCAACGCGAGUGCCACGUGCGACCUCGACUUCACCAACGUCAAUACGUGCGUCGACGCGAUUGCGUCAGCGACAGCCUUUCUUGCCACGUAUGUGCCAAUGACGCUGACUGUGACCGACGCCAAGACGCUGGCCGCGACGACCGUGACGGCGCUGGACGUCCGCGUGAUGCAGUACGGACGAUGGAACGCGUCCGCGCCGUUGGAAGUGGCGACCGCCGGUCUCUUGGACGAGACUGAUUUCACCUAUUUUGCGUGGGGCUUUCUCUACCACUGGGCAGUCGGGGACCACACGGUGGUGAACUUCGCCGGCGACGAAGGCUCUCUCACGCUGCUCUCCGAGUUUAUGUACCCGAGUCGGCAGGACGUCCAGUCGUACGAGGUGCCGACGACGUUUGCGACCUACGCGCGCAACUGCAACGUCUACAUCACGUGUGCGAUGAUGGUGCUCACGGUCGUCGUCGUCGUCUACAUCUGCGUCUGCCGGGGCCACGUCGAAGGCAAGAACAUCAUGAAGCUCAACCGCGUCGGCGCGCUCGUCUGGGUUGGCCGCCCACUCGUCUUUGUGCGCAGUCUCACGGCCCUCGCGCUUCUCUCCACGAGCACGUUGCGGCUCUCGGGGCGCCACGGCGUCUCCUUUCUCACGCCGACGCCAGCGCCCUGGUACACGAUCGUGCUCGCCGCGUCCGAGGUCACGUGGCUUGUCGAAGUCGUCAACGACAUUGCGCUGGUCUACACGCAAGCGUACACGCCGUACUACGCAAUGCUCAACACGUGGGGCGUCUGGGCUGUCACGAGCCUCCUCUCGGGUGUGGCGCCGGUGGCGCCGAUCACGACCGUCGCGCCGACUUGCCGCGUGGCGCAGAUCGAUAUGCAGCUCGUGUGUACGACGGCGUCGAUCGCGAUCGGGCAAAAGCAGCGCCUGUAUACGCUGCUCAGUGUCGUCUUUGGGUGCAAAAUCGGCUUGUACGCGAGCACGCGGUGGUGGCUUCGGCGCGCGCCGCCCAAGUGCACUGUCGACUCGCUGUUUUUGAGCGCAGGCGCCAAGUACCUCUUUAGCCACGACACGUGGCUCUACAAUGAUGUCUACUACCUCGACAUGGCGUCGGCCGUCGUCAACGGCAUCUUGACGUACCGCCGUGGCGCGACCGUCUACGCGGUCGACGUUAAAUUUUGGCGCGUGUUUGCGAUUCCGCUGCCGACAGAGAGCGACAUUCCGGAAGCGGCGCCGCUGGCGCGGGCAGCGCCGUACACGAUGCCUCUGGCGAUGCAGCUCCUACCAAUUACGUUCGAUCCGCCAACGACGCUCUUCACGGACGAGGUCGAAACCACCAACACGUGCACGCAACCCGGCGCGACGCCGACGAUAGCGGUGGUCGAUGCCAACACGGACGACUUCAUGGCGCUCAUGUACCUCUUCAAGGAGCCGACGGUCAACGUUACGGCUGUUGUUGUCGACGGCAACGGCUGGUCGCACCUCGACGAAGGCAUUGAGAGCCUCCUGCGCGUGAUCGCGUUUGCUGGUCUCACGGACCGUGUCGAGGUCGGCGUCGGCGCCCGCUACAACAUGGUCAACGAACCAACUAAUGGCACAUUGUAUCAGGACUCGGUGCCCGAAGCCGACGUGUGCGGCCGCAACGACGUUGACUCGAUCUUGCACCUGCGCGACCAGCUCUUAUUUCCGCCCCGAAACUUGUAUCUCGACACCCGCCCGCUUCUCGACGACGGCUGGAAGGUGCUUCAGAAGCACAUCAACGCCGGCGCGACGCAAGUCCUCUCGACCGGGACACUCACGACGCUCAACCACCUGCGCCUGAAGGACCCGACAGCGUUUGCCAAGAUCUCCAACCUUGUUGUCAUGGGCGGCGCCGUCCACGCGCCAGGCAACCUCUACACCGUCGCCGAGAACAAGGUCGCCGAGUUCAACAUCUACUUGGAUCCGCACGCCGCGCGCGACGUGUUUGCGUCGUCGGCCGCCAGCGUCAUCAAGCUCGUGGGCCUCGACGUCACGGACAAGUACCCGAUCGAGCGGGCGACGCUGGAGGCGCUCGCGUCGUCGUCCGUUGCUGACGCGCAGUUCGUGUCGAUGAUCGUCAACGUCACCGAGUCCAUCUGCUUUGGCCCAACGUUCCUUGACGCGUUCCACUUUUUGGGACCCGCUCGCUGCCGCUUCGAAACAGAAAAGCUCUCGGUUGUCGCCAAUGUCCCCAUCAACACGACCGUCGACGGCUGGACGACCGUCGAUGACGCGCACGGCGCUCGGAUCACGUAUGCCGCCGACAUCUCGGCAGCCAACGCCCACCGCUUUGCAACGAUGCUCUUGCGCAAUCUCAACUCGGACUGCGUGCGUCGCGUGCCCAAGAAGCACGCGUGCUGA